AUGCCCAAUGACUCAUUCAGCAAGCCCUCGGCUUCUUCGGACCAUCAUGCCCAGGGGGGUAAGAUGGGGAGCUUUGGGAAAGCCGCCGUUCUGAUGGCUGCUACUACUCCUGCCGCAGGUGGAGGGGGUGCCGGGGCCUUAGCUCAAGCCGCCGCCGCCGCCUCGGGAAAGAAGUCUCCCCGUCUCCCCAAGUGUGCCCGGUGCAGAAACCACGGCUAUUCCUCGCCACUGAAAGGGCACAAGAGGUUCUGCAUGUGGAGGGACUGUCAGUGUAAAAAAUGCAGCCUGAUCGCAGAGCGGCAGCGGGUGAUGGCAGCGCAGGUUGCAUUGAGAAGGCAGCAGGCCCAAGAAGAAGAGCUGGGGAUCAGCCAUCCCAUCCCUCUGCCCAGUGGCCCAGAGCUCUUUGUUAAGAAGGAAAACAAUGGUGGCAGCUCCUGUUUAUUGUUGGAAAGCAGCAGCCCGACAAAUUCAACAAACACAGCAACUACAGCAUCCACCACCCCAUCAGAGGGACGGAUGCUCAUUCAGGACAUUCCUUCCAUCACCAGCAGAGGGCAUCUGGAGAGCACAUCUGACUUGGUUGUGGACUCCACCUACUACAGCAGUUUUUACCAGCCAUCCCUGUAUCCUUACUACAACAACCUUUACAACUACUCCCAAUACCAGAUGGCAGUGGCCAGUGAAUCCUCCUCUAGUGAUAUGGGGGGCACACUAGUAGGGUCACCUAUGAAAAACAGCCUGCGAAGCCUCCCAGCCACAUAUAUGUCAAGCCAAUCAGGAAACCAGUGGCAGAUGAAAAGCGCAGAGAGCAGACAUUCCAUGAGCUCCCAGUACAGGAUGCACUCGUACUACCCUCCUGCCUCCUACCUGGGCCAGAGUGUUAGCACACCUGCGUGUGUUCCGCAGAUCUUCACUUUUGAGGACAGCCCCUCGUACUCAGAGUCUAAAGCAAGCGUAUUUUCACCACCCAGCAGUCAAGAUUCUGGCUUAAUUUCCCUUUCCAGCAGCUCUCCUAUCAGCAAUGAAAGCACCAAAGGAGUACUGGAGUGUGAGUCUGCCUCCGAGUCUGGCACCUUCACUGUUAAUUCUGUUAUAGAAGAUGGUGAAUAAGCAAAAUUCAGCCCCACAUCUCUACUUUAUUCAGGAGAUCAAGUGCAUUCUGUUAUAAUGUUGGUUGUUUGCCUGUUUUGCAUUGACUGAUGCUGAAGUAAACAUUGAAAAAAAUGUUUGGUUUAUUCUUUUCAGACUUGUAUUAUAAUUACUAAAGCUUACAUUCCUGUAACAGUUUAGGGACCAUAGCUUCACAGGCUGCAAUGCAGGUUAGGUAUUUUUUGCUUGGUGUUAAUGCAGUAAUUCUUUUAUUAAAUUUACACUCAGUAAACUACUCUUUACUAAAGUCCUGGAUUGUGGCAUGAAUAAAAUAUAAUCAAAGUUAAGAUGAAAUGUUAGACCCCCUUUGGGGGGUUGGUUCCAGUUUGCAUACACAAGAAUGCUAUAAUGUAAAACAGGUCAGGUAAAUCCCUAACCAGUGGC